AUGAAGAUUGGAACAGGUUCCACCUCAAAACACCCAAUGAAAAUAGAGGACAAAAGAUUCAAGCUUAGUAUGCACAUAGCUAAAGUAGCAUUGCAACAGUAUGCCGGGUCUCCCUUGAUGCAAAGGAAGCUUCUUUUGCCAUUCCGUCAAUUUCAAGUUAACAACCAACUAAAAACCUCAGUUCCAACUAAAAAUAGUGGCCCUAGCCAUGCAGAGAGAAGUGCCAAGCUUUUGCUGCCUGUUCAGCCUAGAACUGCAAGCAAUGCAGCACCUCAUAGUACUAAUUCUUCAGUUACCCCUGUUUAUGGACCCAGAAGUGUAUCUAAUGGGGGCUCAAGCAAUGAACAUAUUCCCCGAGCAUCUGCAGAUAAUAUUAUGGACCUCGGUCGGGGUACUUCUGUUGCUGAUGUCAAUAAAUUGAUAAAAAGGCCAGCUCUGCCAGCUCUUGCUGUGAAGCAGCUUUCAAAUUUAAAUCCUGGCCCCACUCCUACCUCUACACCGACUACUGCCUCCAAUAGUUCAUCAGGUGUCUAUUCAUCUGCUUCAGAUCCAGUGCUACUACCAUCUCUCAACCCCCGAAACCCAGGAGCAGUGGGCACCAUAAAACGUGAGACAGGAAAUCAGCGAUGUGCUGUUGAGAUUAUUGGUUCUUCAUCAGAAAGCAGGUUGACUGCCGGUCAAGAUGUCAGAAACCGCAGUCAAGCUGGUACUGAAACCAACAACAGAGCAUCCCAAGAAGUUGAGAAGAGUCAGUAUCCUGAACCUUCAAGGACAUCAUCUUUGUUGAACCAUGACAAGUCAUCCACUGUGAAUAACAAGCAGGAUGGUUGGCCCACCCAACAAGUUAAUGGUCCUUCAAAAGUGAUGAAAUCUCAGGGUGUAACUGUAGCACUUGGAGCCAAUAUGCAAUCACUUCCUGAGCUGAAUAGCUCUGUUUUGGAGCAAGCAACACCGCAGCUGGAGAUGAAGUUAGAGAAACUAAAUAUCUCCAACCGUCAACCAGUUAUUUUUCCUGAUCAUAUUCAAGUGCCUGAAGCUUUUCGGAAUGGGCUGACAUUUGGUAGUCUGGAUGAUGCUUCAGGACUGAGCAAAAAUGGAAUCAAGGACUCCAAGUGUGUGGAACGAACUGUACUGAUGAACCAUGAUGCUGCUAGGGAACCACCUAUUCGUCAUCAUGUUGCAUCCUCGGCUGCCCUUGAGGAUGACUGCCCUGGCCAUUCACAAACUCAUUCAAAUGCACCUGAAAACUUAUCACCUUUAGAAGUAGAUGCCUCAUCUGCUGCAGCUGUCAAGUCUGACCACUUGAAGCCAGAGAUGCCACCGCUUACAGGAGGAUCUCAGUACCCUCAUCUGCAGACUGCCUCUGAGUAUAGUUUUGGUUUUGUGCCACCAAUGCUAGGGCCCCAUGUUGUGCAGGUUGAAGCAACUGAGGUAGGGAAUUCUCCAGUUCCAUCAACGUCAGGUUCAUCUCAACCUGCAACUCAGCCUUUCGGAGUUGGACAGAAUUCUGUUGCUAUUUCACCGCAAUUGAUUCCUUUGCUCCGGCAGCCAUAUCCGUCUAACUAUAUUUAUAACCCUUAUUUCCCUCAGCUUUAUUUGUCCCAUAGCGCCCACCAAUUUCUGGGCCACAGUGGGUUCGCCCAACAAGCUUCAACUGGCAACAUAUAUAUGCCACCACCAGCAGCGGCCACAGGGGUUAAAUUCCCUGUUCCAUCAAUGUACAAGCCUGGAGCCAUUGCUGGAAAUAUGGGCCAGUUUGGUAUUCCAUCCGGAUAUGGUUCGUACGGGUCUUCUGCUGUUGGUUAUGGUCUUGGUGCAGCCAUGACGCCUGGUAGUUCUGCUGGUAACGAAGAUCUUGCUGCAGCUGAGCUGAAGGAAAAGAACAUUUAUUCAACGCUUAAGCAGAGUGAGGAGCCACAUGUCUGGACAUCUGCUCCUGGACGAGAUAUGUCAACUUUGCAAGCAAAUAUUUUCUACAACUUUCCUCAGGGACAGCACCUUGCUUAUUCCCCUGGUCAGGGCCCUUUAUCUGGAGUGUAUCAUUUUGCUCAAACAACGGGGGCGCCAACAACUGUUCAGUCACUUGCCCAACAACCCCAGGCAGUUGCAGGAUCAGUUGAAUCUGUGGUUGAUCCAACAGGCACAUAUCAACAACCUCACUCAAUGAUCAAUUGGAACACCAAAUUUCUGAACAGAGAGAAUGUGUGAGGAACAAGGGUGCAAACAUGCUAUUUGGUGGUGCUAUGCUUGUAGGCAUGGCUGGAGUGCAAUGGAUUGGCCUGAUCCUAGUGUAAAUAGAAACAUCUGCCAUAAAGUUACAGGUCUGGAGGGGGAAGUAUAUAAGGACGAUUUGCCUUGUUAUACAAGAGUGUAGGGCUUUUUGUGACACUUUGCAGGUGUCAGCUUUACUUUUCUUUUGCCCUUUUGGUUUUUAGAUGUACUUGCGGCCUCAUCAAAUUGAUCUAUGCAGUAUACUGACAGCUUCUUCGAGAAAUAUAUAUAUAUAUAUAUAUAUUUAUAUCCAUUAGACAUUUGCGGGUCAGAGGAAUAUGGUAGACUAGAUUAGGACAGGUGGGAUAGUUUGGUAAUUCCAUAUCCCCUGUAUUUCACCUGUACAUGAAAUUUUGAUAGCUAAUUGAUAUGAUAUACUGUAUAAUUUGCCGCUUAGAUGAAUGGCAACCA